AUGGAAGCAACAAGGAUGGGUUUUGGACUCAGAUCUUUCUCCUACCUUAGAAAAUCCCCUCUCUGUCUUAAGACCAAACUCUCUCUCUUUCCUCGCCGUUUGCUUCACAGCCACACUCUAUUUUGGAAUCCCGCAAAACAAGACUUGUUCGUUGUAAGGUCUGCUGAUCUUGAGGGUACUCGUCCUUCGACGCACUUUUCUCCUUCCCUUUGGGGAGAUCACUUCCUCUCUGUUUCCCUCGAUCGCGCUGAAUUUAAUGAAGUAGAAAGAGAGAUUGAAACUAUGAAGCCGCUCGUGAGAGACAUGCUCAUCAUGUCUUCACAAAGCAGUGACAAGGAGAAGAUUCGUCUCAUCCAUUUGUUUAUCAGCCUCGGGAUCUCUUAUCAUUUUGAUAAAGAGAUUCAAGAGAUCCUUAAACAUAGUUUCACAAAGUUGGAUGACAUAAUAGUUGGGGAAGAUGAUUUGGAAACAAUCUCCAUCAUGUUUGAGGUCUUCAGACUGUACGGUCACAAGAUGUCUUGUGAUGCCUUUGAUAGAUUCAGAGGUGAAGAUGGGAGGUUUAAGGAGACUCUAGCCAGAGAUGUUAGAGGACUGCUACAGUUGUUCGAAGUAGCGCAUCUGGGAACACCCUCUGAAGAUAUAAUGGAUGAAGCACUGGGUUUUACGCAGAAUCACUUGGAGUCUUGGGUAGUUAGUAAUGUAUCCAGUGAAACUGUCCACCUAUCCAAGCAUAUACAAAACUCAUUACACUACAAGAAAACAUGGAUUUGCAACUACAAAAAUAGUCACUAA